CGCUUUCUUUUGUUCUCAUAAUAUAAUAAUAUACUCAUGGUUAGUCCCGUAUUCACAUAGUACUAGAAAGCAUAAAGCCAGAAACAACGAGUCCACUUCACAGGAGACCAUGAGCAACACAGAGUCAUACCCGCCGGAGUUUCGACCUCUAAUGAGCGAGUCUACUGAACCAGAAAUAACCGUUGAGCAUCUCAACAAGAGCAAGGAUAUCCAGAUCCCGGUUAUCAAUCUCGAGCGUUUGGAUAUGGAGAAACUGAAAGAAGCAUGCAAAGACUGGGGAAUAUUCCAUCUGGAGAAUACGGGGAUACCGUCAACGCUGAUGUCACAGGUGAAAGAGGUAACGGAGUCGCUGUUGAAUCUGCCGUUCGAAGAGAAACGGAAGAUGUUCGGUGUUAACUCUCCGUUAUCUUAUUACUGGUCGACACAAAUGGUAAGCCCAUCAGGAAAUGCCUUAAAGAGGGACCCAGAAAAAUCUGGUGCUCACUUGUUCGAAGGCAUCAACGUUCCUCUAGCUUCUCUCUCUCGUCUUCUUCCACAUUCUAGAUGCUCUGAUCCUAAGCUCGAGUCUUUCAGAGUGGUGAUGGAGGAAUAUGGAAGGCACAUAAGUAGGAUUGUUGUGACCCUAUUUGAAGCUAUAGCAGACACACUGUCCUUGGAAAUAUCCGGUGACCGGAAAAUGAGCUACUUAUCGGAGUCAACAGGUCUGGUACGUGUUCAACGGUACCCUCGGUGCACCGAAUCACCCGGACUUGAGGCUCAUACGGAUAGUUCGGUGAUAUCGAUAAUAAACGAAGACGAAGUUGGUGGGCUAGAGUUCAUGAAAGAUGGUGAAUGGUUCAAAGCCACACCUCUUGCAAAUUCUUUUGUCAUCAAUCUAGGGGAUAUGAUGCAGGUGCUAAGUGAUGACGAGUACAAGAGUGUGUUGCAUAAAGUGGGAAAGAUUAUGAAGAAGAAAGAGAGAUACUCGAUAAUUUAUUUUGUGUUCCCAGACAAAGAGUGUAUGUUUGAAUCGAGUCGCUAUAAGACAUUCAAAUUCUCGGAGUAUGAAGCUCAAGUUAAGCUUGAUAUUGAGAACCAUGGUAGCAAAAUCGGCCUUUCUAGGUUCCUUAACACUCCCUAAUACUGUUGUAUACCUCUCUCUCCAAAUAUCCAGAUUAAUAAUUUGCAUUUUCAUUUACUCUUAGAAUAUUUAUAUUCUACUAGACUUAUACCCGCGCAUACGCGCAUGUUUUUUCUAAAAUAUAUUUUAUUAUAAA